ACGGGCACCGUUGGUCUAACAACACCCGCACCGGAAGCACAGCACGGGAUAGCAACACCACAGCAUGCUCGGCUGGAUCCUCGACGAGGCCCACGACCAGGCRGAGAAUGCCUGCAACCCCGGAAGUGGCGACGGCGAUUCGUGCUCGUCUAGCGUAGCAACACAGCGGGGGAACCGAAGCGCCGAGGACAGCAUCGACAGCCGCACCCUGUCGUCCUCGUCGGCUUCGGCUUCGGCCUCGAACGACCUUGCCACGGACGCAGACACGGACACGGAUGUCGGGAUUGGGAAGCAAAGAAAAGGGAAAAACACAUCGGAGAAGGAGCAACACCUCCGUCGCAAGAAACUGGCAAGGGAGCUGCAGCACCGGAUCCGGCUCCAGGAGCAGCGGAUGCUCCAGCAAAACAGCCUCUACGACGACGACGGCAACAACGACGAACAUCGCGACGACAAUGAAUGGCGAACGAGCGAGGGCAGCCAGGCCGGGAGCGAGAGCAACAGCCACGGUUACAGCGACUCCGACCAAAGGACCUCUGCUGCUGCGCAAGACCACCCGCACAGCGUUUCGAGCAGUGGUGCCUCGUCGUUCGACCACGCCCUCGGAGUAAACUCGAACGGAUCCUUUUACUUUACCUCCCUAAACGACGUGGACCGUUCGAUAGGCAAGGACUCGCAGGGAUACUCGUACUCGCACUCGCACUCGCACUCGCACUCUUCGGUCGGGGGUUCCCCCGCAGGGUCGAGCAGCAAACCAGCGAAGCAAACGCCUUCCUUUCAGGGAACAGCGGGCACCGAACCGCCGCUUCUGCCGACGCAUCCACCAUCGUCGCCCGCCGGGGACGACGACAUCGAAACCGGUCGAAGGCAAGGCGCGGCCCUCGGUGGCUUGCUGCUAUGUGGCUCGGGCGGUGCUUCCGGCCUCUCAACGCUKGCCUGCGGAACCACAAACGCAAGGGCGAAGGCAAAGACGACUCCCGGCGACGAAACAGGAGGGGGAACCACCGGACCGGAACAACGAUACUCCCUCACCGUUCUCGACGUSGUGGACGACGAUGUCUCGCUGCUGGAGAAGGGCUCGGACGAGAGCGGCAGUGCCUCCCUCGUGGAUGACGACGACUCGGUCUUUCGCACCGAGCCRACCAACGAGUGCAUCCUCCCGGCGUGUCUUACGGGGAASAAGAGUAGAACGCGGCGAACACCGAGGCRGUUGCGGGCCAACCGAAGCGAAARGAACACCGASAGCAACACCCCAAAAAACAGCAACAACAAAAMGAGCAASCAUAGAAGAGCGAUCCGGCCCAGGAUUCUGCUCCUGGUAGGGGUGGCGAUCGUCUUCGUGGUGGGGGCGGGGACAGCAGGGGUAUUUGUGCAGAAGAACAGGAGGAGCAAGAACGAUAGCGCUGGCAGCAGCAGCAACGAUAAYAACAACGAGGCAACACCCACUACGGAAGGCGGCAACCAAGCAAUCAAUGGCUACCGCAACAAUUCCACGAGCGACGACAUCCCAGUUGCAACUGCAACGGCAACUGCAAACGAAACCGCAACAGCAACAGCAACAGCAAGCGAAACUGCAACCACGGAUCCUGGAGAAAUAGUCGGGGAAAACACAGGAGUCGCCAGUGCCAAUAACACAGAAAAUGCAACUUCGGGUGGUGCUGCGGACGGAAACGACGGGGGUGACAAACAAAAUGAAGUCGAUGACAAAAACAACAGUGACAACGAAAUCAAGGACAACAACAACAACAACAACAACAACGACAAUGACAAUGACAAUGACAACGAUGACAAUAAUGAUGAUGAUGAUGAUGAUGAUGACGACGACAAUGACAAUGACAAUGACAAUGACAACAACGACAACAACAACCACGACGACCACAACAACAACAACAACAACAACAACAACAACAACAACAACAACAACAACAACAACAACGAUGACAACGAAGGCGAAGGCGAACCUUCGUUUUUGCCACCACAACAAACGACAGCCCCGACCAAAGAAAGUGCUGCAGCCGAAACCGCAGACGCUUCUCCCACCAUCACGAUUGGCGGUCGAAUCGACACCAACGUCGAAGGGACGCUGCCCCCUGACGACGGCGACCAGGAAGAAACAGAAACAGAAACAGAAGCAGAAGCAGAAGCCACCCCGGCCCCAUCCGAGAUGCAAACAGAUACCCAACCUAUCGAACCUCCUUCUGCUCCCGCUGUCAUCGACGACGACCUGUUGUUCAACCACAUGGAGGCCUUUCGUGCCUGGCAAGCUAGCAACAGAAUUAGUGACGAUACCGAAGAUGACAACGAGGACGGCCACGACAGCAGCAGCAGCAGCAGCAGUACCACCACAAACAACGACCAAGAUGAUGAAGAAACUACCACGGGCAAGCGAGAGGGAGGCGUCGAGGGCGGCACCGACGACGAUUACGAGGUGAAGGAGGGUUCUGAAAUCGUAGCACCCCACCACAUCUACGUGGAGUUUGACGACGACCUAUUGGACGGCCUGGGGCUGGGYAUGUAAYGCAACUCGAGCGCGGGAUCAGAAGAUGGUAUGUGACUGGCAGUAGAGCAUACCAAAAAAUCAAUACAGAAUUCAACAAUAAUUAUUGGCAAAGAAAUUGUCACACACUGU